AUGAAGGUACCCAAAGUCACCAGUAUAAUAUUGGUGGUAUUACUAUCUUUAACAUUCCUAAAUUUCAUGCUAAAAUAUUAUACAUAUUUUGUAUUAAUGGUUUCAUCAACUAAAAAACAACAAGAAUUACAACAAGGUCAAGGUCAAGGACAACUGAAUCAAGAAUCCCAUUCUCAAUUGGCUCAAGAAACUGGUGAAAUACCUCAUCCUCAUGAAUUAUUUGUACCGUUAUUAACAUUCAUCCCCACAAAAUCACCUGUUUUGACACGACCUUGGGUUUUAAUAACUUCAAGUUUUAUUGAGGAGAAUUUUUUUGAAUUAUUUAUUAGUAUUUUAUUGAUUUUUUAUCUAUCAAGAUAUUUAGAAACUAUUUGGGGUUCUAAAGAAUUUUCUAAAUUUAUAAUAGUAAAUGUAAUUGUUAGUAAUAUAACUAUUUACAUAUAUUAUAAUUUGAAAUCUUUAGUAUUUGGAGAAUUGACAAAUGAUAAUUUACCUCCAGUUAUAUUAAGUUCUAUGUCAAUUAAUAUGGGGUUAAUUAUUGGUAUUAAACAAAGAAUAGCAAAUCAUUAUUUGAUAUUUUUCAAAGGAAAUCUCAGAAUUAAAAUUAAUUAUUUACCAUUCUUGACAAUUAUAUUUACUUGGGUUUUAUCUUUAUUAAGUGAAGAAUUUUUUAUAUUAUAUGUCAUGAGUAUUGUUGGAUUUAUUGUAAGUUGGACAUAUUUAAGAUUUUUUAAAGCAAGUGCUAAUGAAAGACAAUCAUAUUUAUUACCAUUUUCAAUAAGUCAUAAUAAUAAAAAGAAAAAUAGAUUUAAACCAGUUACAAAUGUUAAUCAAGCAACUAGUACUAAUUUCCCAAUUGAAAAUGAUUCAAUUAGAGGUGAUAGAUCAGAACAAUUUGCAUUUUAUACAUUUUUCCCAUAUCCUUUAUCAAUUAUAGUAAAAUUUAUUUCCAAUAAGAUUUUUAUGUAUAUGGUAAGACAUAAAUUUUUAAAUCCUCAUGAUUUCCUUCCAGAUGAAGAUGAUGUUGAUGGUGAAGAUAAUGAUCAAGAACAAUAUCAAGAUGUUGAUACUUUGAAAAAUAACCUUUUUGGUGUAUCCUCAUUAAAAGGUGCUGGUGAUGUCUCCACCAUUCCUAAAUCAAUCUGGGAUUGGUUGAUACCUGGUAACAAAGAUAAAAAUCAUAACAGUAUAAAGACAAGUAUGGAUAAACGUAGAAAAUUGGCCCUAAAAGAAUUGGAAUAG